AACCCGGAAACAUUCCAAGUACUGGGACCUCUUAACUCGACCACGCAUCUACAGGAGCAGAGCCUGGCGAAAUACUGUUGACUUCUGAAAAUGAAUGACAACUUUCGACUCCGAAACGCGGGCAAACGCCACUUGUGGGGAAGACUCGCUGAAGUCCUAACUUCUAGAAACUCCGCCCGGAACCCAGAGGCAAAACUCCGCCGAGCGCAUAGGGCACCCACGCCAAGGCCCGGCUGAGCGAGGAGAGCAGCUCCAGGACCCCAGCUCCCGGUAAACCAGGACGGGAGAAGCGAACCCGCUCACUCCUCGCAGAGGACCAACCGGGACCGGACAACUCUCCUCCCCAACACCAUCAGCCCCUCAUCCCCUCCAUCCCGCCCUCCCUCUCCCUGGAAGCCCCAGAAACCGAUGGCGGGCAGGGUCUCCGAGAUGCAGGGGUGUCUCGGUGAGAGAUGCGGAUGAACCCACCCCAAAAACCGGACCCCAAAGCGCAGCAGCACGAACUGUCCUCACCUCCACAGGCGCCAAGAUGGCCGAAAGAGGAAGGCAAGGCCCGCCGCGCGGCCUUGUGGGAGGCUCGCCCCGCCCCUCGCCGCGCUUAGGCCGCUUGGGCUCCGCCGGAAAACCGGGGUCAGGGAGAAGCUCGACUCGGACAAGCCGCGUUCAGGAACCUUACACUCUUUUGCUGUUCUUUCAUCUUUCAGGAGAAUAGAAGUUCAAAAGCCAUCGCCAGCUACAUCGGGACUGCAAGGCGGCCUGAGCUAUGUGAGACCCCUUCUUAAAAGGGUGGAGAGGAAGCGGACAAAAUGAGAGAUAUUUUCACUCUUCCGUUCUUUGCUUGACUUGUCAGCCCACAUGGAGGAGCAAACUGAGCACACAGGCUCUUGUGUCUGUAAUUCCUGCACUUGGAAGGCUGAAGUAUGAAGAUCGCUUUGUGUUUCAGGCCAGAGACCACCGCAUUCUUGUGAAAUUAUAAAUCUAUCCGAGAGGGCAGCAGAACUAACUCAGGAAGAAUGGAGGGAGACCAGUUGGAAGCCCUGGACUUCCCUUCAGAAGCUUUGAACACUGAGGUGACCAUGGUGGUGACAGGAGAGCCGCCUGGUGCCAUGGAGGAAGAGCUAGAUAAUGAGGAAGAGGAGGAAAGCUCCUCGGAAGUCAUAGAUUCGCUGUACCUUCUGGACGUGCUGAGGGUGUCUGCGAUUCUGGAGGACAUCGUCGACCAGCUGUCCAUCCUAGGCUACAUCAUUCCCGUCCAGUACGAAAGAAAGCAGAGCGUCAACCAGAGAACCAGCCAUGAAAGAAUAUCCAUGGCCUCAAGUAGAAGGAAAGCAUCUCCUUUGGCAACUAAAGAAAAAUCCAUGGUGCAAGAAACCAAACACCGAGGCCAGGAUUCUAUCUUUAAAAAACCUACACGGCAGACCAUGAUGACUCUGGAGAUACUGAAGAAAAUUCAGAACGACAGGGAGGAAAAAGGAAGAAGAAAGAUAAAAUCUCUUCAGAAACAGUUAAUUGAUGUCAAAAAGGAGCGUCAAAUGCAAGUACAGAAUGGGAACGAAUACAUCGCUCACCUCAAAGACCAGCUACAAGAGAUGAAGGCCAAAACCAACAUGGAGAACCUUUAUAUGAAAAGAAACGCUGAGCUGCAGGUUACCCAGACCCAGAAGAAAUGUAACAGAGCAGAGGAACUCUUGCUGGAGGAGAUUGAGAAGCUGAGGAUGAAAACUGAAGAGGAGAACCGAGUUCAUAUGGAGAUCGAAAUGUUCCUAAAGAAAGAGCAGCAGAAACUUGAGGAGAAGCUAGAGUUCUGGAUGGAGAAAUUUGAUAAAGACACCGAAGCAAAACAGAAUGAGUUGAAUGCCCUCAAGGCUGCCAAGGCCGCCGACCUGUCGCACCUUCAAGAACUUGCAAAGACGAUCCGGGAGUAUGAGCAGGUCAUCAUUGAGGACAGGAUGGAAAAGGAGAAGACCAGGAAGAAGCUGGAGCAGGACGACCUGGAGCUGAAGAGCAUCGUGAAGCUCCAGGCCUGGUGGCGAGGAACAGUGGUCCGGAAGGAAAUUGGCGGUUUCAAAAUGCCCAAGAAAGAGAAAGAUGACAGCAAAGAUUCCAAAGGCAAGGAGAAGGAAAAACGGAGAGGCAAGAAGUGACGAGUACCUGCUGUUUUUUUCCUCUGGUCUCCAGAGACACACCGAUGCCGUCACAACACUCACCUGUGGCUUGCCAUCCAGGACGCCUACAGAGUUCACUAGGCCCAUUACCCUAGUUUUCAAACCCAGAAUGGGGGUUAGAACAUGGCGGUAGGGCCUCUUCAGACUGUGCACUUUGGGGAAAGAAGUGUUGAGCAGCUUUGUGAACAUUCUUUCUCAUGAGAAAACAGUUCAUAGGCUUAUAGCGAUACAAUAAAAGGUCCGGUGUAAUAUUUUCUUUUGAUUUUAUGCCAAUAUCCAGGGAGAAUUAUCAAGGUUAUCUGCUAGCAAAAUAUGUCUGCACACGGUAGUUAAUAAACUUUGGUUUGUUAAACUUAUAAACUUUGCCUGUCU